AUGGCUAGAAAUAUGGUGAAACUACAAAGCCUUUCUAUCACGGAAUGUGACAAAAUGAAACUCAUAUUUUCAAAAGAUAAAGGCAGUACUGAUGUUAAAAAGAAGGAAACAAUCUUUCCAAAUUUGAAGAAUAUCAAAGUGAGUAACAUGAAGAGUUUGAGUGAGAUAUGUGACUUUGAAUUCCCUGUAGAUUCCUUUGUCAAGUUGGAGACAGCAGUUAUUAAUGAGUGUGGUAAAUUGAAUCAUGUUUUUACUCAUGACAUGGUGGGAAUAUUUGAACAUUUAAGCAGCUUAAGAGUUACUAAUUGCAAGUCAAUAAAAGCUAUAUUUAACCUGGAUGGGAAAAAUAAGCUUGCUGGUACUAGUAGGUAUGCAACAAUCAAACUACAAGAUGUUCAUUUACAAACACUCCCAAAAUUGGAGCAUUUGUUUAACUGGAAGAAAGAUCGGCCGGAAGGGAACUUUAACUUGAAGAAUCUACAAAAGAUAUGGGUUCAAGAAUGUGGCAGGUUGGAAAACAUAUUUUCUUUUCAUGUAGCCAAGACUAUUGAAGAUAAUCUUGAAUACCUUGUGGUGUCAGAUUGUUCUCAAUUGAGGGAAAUUGUAGCUGAGGAAGAAGAUGCCAAUAACCCAAGUAAUACUAUUGAGUUCACCAAACUGGCAACAGUCAAAUUUCUGAGACUACCAAAAUUUAAGAGAUUCUGCCGAAGAGACUAUGAAUUAAAGUUGCCAGCAUUGAAUGACUUGUCUAUUGAAAUUUGUGACAAGUUGGAACCACAUUUCAAAAGAGACACCACAGAUGCACAAAGAAAGCCUAUGUAUUUUUUUGAAGAGGCGCUCAAUGAGUUGAAGUCCUUGCAAAUUGGGUCACAGCAUGCAAAGUUGUUAAGUAACUAUGACUCCCGAAUGGACAAAUUAGAAGAGCUUCAUUUUUCUCAAUUGGAUAGUACUGAUGUCCUAUAUGCUUUCCUUCAUAGCAAUCCAAACUUGAUGAGCCUUUGGUUGAAUAGAUGUUAUUUUCAAAAAUUGGUUCCUCUUGAAAGGCCUCCUAAUAUUGAAAGAUUGGGGGUUGUUCCAAAGCUGAAAGGCUUGAAUUUAAUGGAUUUACCAUAUCUUGAGGGAAUCGGCUUUGAACGAGACGCGAUUCUUCAGAUGAUUGAGUCAUUGACUUUAAAGGAUUGUCCACGUUUGGAGACUCUAGCACCUUCCUCUGUAUGCCUCUCUCACUUGACAAAGCUGGAAGUAGUUGGCUGCAAAGGACUAAAAUAUUUAAUAUCACCAUCCACGGCAAGAAGAUUGGGUCAACUUAACACCAUGAAGAUAAUCAACUGCCAAUCUUUAGUGGAAAUUGUGUCAUGUGACAGAGAAAAUUUAGGUGAGGUUGACCUCAUUUUUGAACAACUGACAACUCUUGAGCUUGUGGCAUUAGACAGCCUACAAAGUUUUUGUAGUUUCAAGAGUUGUUCCUUCCAUUUUCCGAUAUUGGAGAAAUUCGUGAUGAAUGUCUGCCCCAAGUUAGAAAAUUUCUCUCAAGGAGUCAGUAACACACCGAUUCUGCAAAAGGUGUAUCUUGAUGAUGACAAAGAGAAGAUGAGAUGGUAUUGGAAGGAGAAUUUACAAGAUACGAUACAAUAUAUAUUCAAACACAACGAUUUUUUCGAAUGCAUGGAGGAAUUAAGUGUGAUUGAACAUCUUGAUUAUCUGGAACCAUUCUGGGAAAGUAACAAAAGCCUACAAGAAGACUUGUUUGACAAUUUGAAAACUUUAAAGCUGCAGCGUUGUGACUUCAAAUCAUAUGCAAUCCCAUCCAAUGUUCUUCUUUCUUUGAAGAUCUUAGAAGAAUUGGAAGUGGAUCAGUGCUCCACUAUACAAACCAUAUUUGAAAUGGACAACACUAAGAUCAAGGAAACAUCAUUCCAGCUGAAGAAGCUGACUUUAACUGGGCUACAAAAUGUGACGCAUGUGUGGCAACAUGAAAAACAGGGGAUUCUGGGCUUUCAAAAUCUGCAGCAGGUGACAAUCUUAGGUUGUGGCGAAUUGAAAGCUGUGUUUCCAUUAUCCUUGGCCAGAAAUCUUAAAAAGCUCGAGGAACUCGCUGUAGCACAAUGUGAAGGGUUGCUUGAAAUAGUUAGAAAGGAAGAGGAAGCAAUGGAAAGAACAGAAAAUUUUGAGUUUCCGAAUUUAACCACGCUAGCACUGUGUCUUUUGCCCCGAUUCAGUUACUUUUACUCGGGAAAUUUCACUUUGGAGUGCCCCGAUUUAAAUGAGUUACAGGUGUUUGGAUGUAGUGACGAGUUGGAACUGCUUCACUCUCAUCAACAACAACUUCUUGAAAAUCCCAGCAGGAGACAACCCCUCUUCACCAAUAAAGAUGCUAUUUUCAAGGUGGAGAAGUUAAUGCUCAAUAAAAAUCACACUUUGGAAUUAAGUUCAUGGCUUGGACAAUCUAUGAAUCAAGGCCUUCCGUGUUUAAACGAACUUAACCUUGUUGACUUUGAUGAAGAGAAGAACAAUGAUGUCAGAGAGAACUCUACUACACCAUUAGAGAUACUAGACAAGACACCCAAUUUAGAGAUCAUUGAAAUAUAUGGCAACCAUUGCAAAACCAUUAAUAUUCCCGAAGCGGCUAAGAGGAUACUUGACUUGAAAGAAUUGAAGUUGUGGUCACUAUCUGAGCUGAACUCCAUUAGUGGUCUAGAGUACUUGUUAAAGCUGCGGCUAUUACAGGUUUAUGAAUGUCCAAAAUUGACAACGUUAGGACAAUCUUGCUCCAAUCUGAAGGAAUUGCAUAUAGAGGGGUGUCAUGGAUUGCAGUGUUUAUUCACAUCCUCCUCAGCAAAAAUGCUGAUACAGCUUCAGGAGCUGAAAGUUUUGUACUGUGAUUCAUUGAAAGAAAUAGUGGGAAAAGAACAGCAAAGUGAUGAAACAGCUACAGUUUCUGCAGUUGAAUUCAAGCGGCUAGAGAGGAUAAGUCUUUUAUCUUUGGAAAGGCUGGAAUGCUUUUAUUCAGAGAAUGGCAUGUUGAAGUUACCCUCUUUGAUUUCUGUGGAAAUUGAGCAGUGUCCCAGGAUGAAAAUUUUCUCUCAAACAGCAAUACAUGUGGAACCUUCUAGACCAAUUCAAGUUUCUUACACCUCAUCAAAUGAUGAUUUGCUCUUCUGCGAUGAUCUAAACGUCGCUGUUGCGUGGAAGUCUCUACAACAGGAAUAUCAUCUUAUUCUCCGGAAUCACCCGGAGUUGAAAGAUUUAUGGCUUGGUAAAAUGCAUUUCCCAGAGGUCUCAUACUCUAGUUUCGAUUAUUUGAAACUCUUGGAAGUGGAAGGCUGUGAAUUCUUAACAACUGCAAUACCAUCUCAUUUAUUUCCGUUACUGGGGGGAUUAAAUACAUUGAAGGUGCGGGAAUGCAAUUCUGUUGAGACAAUUUUUGAAGUAAAAGAUACACCAAACAUGAUUGUUAUUCCUUUGUUUACAAUGACUUUAGAGAAACUUCCAACCCUGAGGCAUGUUUGGAACAAAGAUCCUGAAGGAAAGCUCAGUCAUCCAGACAUAAUGAAGAUUAUUGUUGAUGAAUGUAAAAGCAUAAGAUUCUUGCUCCCAGAGUCAGUUGCCAAGGGUGACAUAGAAAGGUUAGAAGUGAAGAAUUGUGCGGAGUUAGUUGAAAUUGUCACAGGAGAUGAAUUAGGUGUAAACAAACAGGUCAGCAUGAACAUGUUCCCCAAUCUAUCCAGUCUAACUCUCUGGAAUUUGCCAAAUCUGAACUUCCUUUAUCAUGGAAGGCAAGAACGUGAAUUUUCAUCAUCAAAUGCAUUACUGCCAUGGCAUUUGUUACCUUGCCUUCAUAAAUUGGAAGAGUUGGUGGUUGGGAAAUGUGGUUCCUUUGAAACAAUAUUUGAUGUGGAAGAUGCACCAAAAAAUGAUGAAAAUGCAAACAUGAUUACUGUUAUUCCUUUGAAGAAAUUGACUUUGGAGCAUCUGCCAGCUCUGAGGAAAGUUUGGAACAAGGAUCCUAAAGGAAGUGUCAGCCUUCCAUGUCUGGAGGAAGUGGUUGUUAUUGAUUGUAAAAGCAUAAAGAAUUUGCUCCCAAUAUCAGUUUCCAUGGGUAGCAUACAAAAAUUAGAUGUGAGGAACUGUGAGGAGUUAGUUGAAAUUGUUGCAAACAAUGAAGCAGCCACUGAAGAAACAAACAAAGAGCUUAGUAUGUUCCCUACGUUAACAUCGUUGACGCUGCAGGAUUUGCCAGAUCUUACACACAUUUAUGCUGGAAUGCAAAUUCUAAAUUGGCCCGAGCUAAGAGAACUGGAUGUUUAUCAUUGUAAAUUGCUGAAGAAAUUUGCACCAGAUAGUAUUGCUUCAGCUGGAAAGGAUGUUACCCCUCACUUGGAGCGACUGUCACUGGACAUGGAAGGUGUGAAGAUGCUUGAGAAAGUACUACUUCAUCUGGACAACCAAAACAUAAAAUAUCUUAAAUUGCAGGGCUUUGAUGAUAUUGAUGAGUCAGAUGCAUUUCCCCUUGAAUUCUUUUCAAAGGUGCCACUGCCCAAUAUUGAGAUGCUUGCGGUGGUCGACAGUGCUUUCAAAGAGAUAUUCCCUUCAAAACUGCCUGACACAGAAAACUAUGCUAAGAUCCUUUCACGGCUUAAGAAAUUGGAACUCAGGAAUCUACACAAGCUUGAAUCCACUGGAUUAGAACUUCUUACCUGGGUAGCCUCCUCUAAUCUGGCAUGGCUGGAAGUAGAGUGUUGUGCAAGUUUGAAGCUUUUGUUUACGUCUUCAACCGCCAAAUAUCUUGUUCAACUGCAACAUUUAUACAUUUCCAACUGUGAAGCACUGCAAAGUGUAAUAGUGGCUUAUCAAUUACAUGAUGAUGAUGAUGUCAUCACAUUCCAAGAGCUCAAGGAAUUGUCUCUUAGCAAGUUACCAAAACUUGAGAACUUCUACACUGGAAAGUCAACUUUGAAUUUCCCAGUUCUGAAGGACGUCAUGGUUACUGAAUGCAACAGAAUGGAACAUUUGUUCACAUUCUCAACUGCCAAAAGCUUGAAACUGUUGAACAAGAUGGAGAUUUCCAAGUGUGAGUCAUUGAAAUCAAUAGUAGUGGCAACAGAAGAGGUAGAUAAGCCACGUGAAAAUCUCGCGUUCCCGAAUCUCGAGAAGCUGUCUCUUAGCCAAUUGCCAAAACUUGAAAGCUUUUUCGCGGGAAACUCAACUCUGAAAAUCCAAAAGAAUUGGGUUGAAGUUUGGAUCAGUGAAUGCAGCAGCAUGAAAACUUUCUCACAAGGUGAUGUGGAACUACCCAACCAUCAAAACUUACGGAGGGUGUACAUAGAUGGAGUUCGUUUCUCGGAGGAUAACCUAAAUGCUAUAGUCAGUCAAAAGUUUGAGAAUCGAAGCAAGGAAGCAGCACUGAUGAGUUAG